UAUAACAUUGCCCACAUCGGACUCUCUGGCAUCACAGACGGCUGGCGGGGGAGUCAGUGGUUACCUGUCUUCUGAAGCUACAGUUCAGUUUUCUUGACAACACCAAAUUUGGAUCAACUUGGAGGUGAAACAUCGUGCCUCACUGGCAUCUUCUCUGAAAGCAAAAACUCAAUGUGCAAUUGACUGCGCUUGGCGUCGUUAUCCGAACACCAUCUUUAGUAUAUUAUAAGUGUAAUUAUAAUCUUAAGGAAGUACACUACAAAGCGCUGUCUGGAUAUUCGUGUGUGUGUGUGUGGAGACAUGGCAAAGAAAAACCAGAAGGACACGUCGGGGGUGGUGUUUGACACACGGUCCAAAAUGGCAAUGUCCCAGGGAGGAACAGCCGAUAGGAUGAAGGAGAAGAUCAGUGCCGUCAGGGCGGUUGUCCCCAACAAAAGUAACAAUGAGAUUGUACUGGUUUUGCAGCAUUUUGAGAACUGCGCUGACAAGGCUGUUCAAGCAUUCAUAGAAGGCAGUGCGGUUGAGAUCUUGAAGGAGUGGAAUGUUACCGGCAAAAAGAAGCCCAAGAAGAAAAAGAAGCCCAAGCCUCAGCCAGAGGCUUCAGCGGCGCCUGGACCUCCCGAGGCCACACCGUCCGAAGGGGGCAAGGACGAGGUGAACGGCUUUCAUGCCAACGGCUCGGUGAUUGACGAAGAGUCACUGGAUUCUCUGAGUGAACAGUUGGACUCGGCCUCCCUGGAUGCAGUCGAGCUGGACUCUGAACCCGCUACAUCCGAAACCACCGGCGCAGAGGCAGAAAGCCAUGGCAGUGCUCCAAGCCCCCCCUCACAGCAAGGAGGGAGGAAUCACCAGGGUCCAAAAGGCAACAAGAACCGCCACAGGCCAGGCUCUAAUAUACACCCAUCCACCUCAUUUCCACCCCCGACUGAUGAGCAAGGAUCCUCGGGAGUCAAGAGGAUGGCUCCCAACAUUGACCGCUCGGUGAAGGACCUGCAGCGAUGCACCGCCUCGCUGACCCGCUACAGGAUAGUGGUGAAGGAGGAGAUGGACUCGUCGAUAAAGAAGAUGAAGCAGACGUUUGCCGAGCUGCUGAGUUGCUUAAUGGACAGGGAAGUGACUCUCCUGGGAGAAAUGGACAAGGUGAAAGCAGAAGCCAUGCUUAUUCUGGACGCCCGGCAGAAGAGAGCGGAGGAGCUCAGAAGGUUGACCGACCAGUCGGCAUCCAUGUCCGAGGAGCAGUUGACUGAACUGCGUGCCGACAUUAAGCACUUUGUGAGUGAGCGUAAAUAUGAUGAAGACCUCGGUAAAGCUGUGAGAUUCACCUUUGAUCUUGAACCGCUGAAGACGAGCAUCUCUGGGUUUGGAUCAGUUUACCAUCCGCAUACGGGUUACUCAAAUCGGUCCCGUUGCAGCUCCACGUCCUCUUCUGUCGCCAGCCCGAGCCUGCUGGAAACUCCGCCUUCCACCCAGACCCAAAGCUCCUCCAAUGAACACCGCCCUCCACCAAACAAACAGAUUUUCCAAGGAAACCGGCGCACCUUCCAGGGACAAGGGUACCACUCGGGUGGUCAGAGGUACAACGGCGGUUCCUACAACGAGAGGAACGCUGGUCGCGCCAACCACCGCUACCACAGCGACGGCGGUUCUUCUGGUCCUGCCCAGCACUCGCACAACUCCAGAGGCCCCCCCCCUUCCACCGCGCCCUCCUCCGGCCAGGACCGACCCGCUAAUAACGGGCUGCCCCAGAGGCCUCCGCGGACUCCGCAGCGCCCUUGACAUUGGAGAGCCCGUGCCUAAUGGAAACCCACCUACUAAACCUUGCCCUCCACUCCCCAUAGCCUUCCCGUACCCUCAAAACGAUCACCACCAUCCCCUCCCCCCCCCCCCCCUCCCCCACAAUAGCUCCUUUCAAUGAAGAAUAAAAAACAAGUUUACAUAUUUUCUGUCAGUUUAGCUGUAAUGCCACCUCUAAAUCUGUCCCUUCAAACUUGAAAAGCUCUGGCUGUUCUAUAUUUGUUCUUCCUUUUUAGCAUUGAUCCCUUCCUGGUUGAGGUAACAGCUACUAUCUUUGAGAGAGAUUUCCUCGCUUUGCUAUCGUCAGGCUCUGUAACUGAUAUUUUUGCAGUUAAGCUGUCUACAGAGACCGACGUGAUUACCUGCAACAAUUGGUGCACUAUUGAAGGUGAACUAUUUCCGUUUAUUUCUUUGCGUGGCUCACGUCGGCUCACUGAUUUGCACCUGAUUUUUGUUGUUUCAACCAUUUCAACGCCUUCACGGUGGAAAGUGUAGGGAAAGUGCAAAAGUAGUUCUAGCGUUAGAGAUGUUUGUCCUUAAGAGAGUAGACAUGCAAUCAACCCUACAGACUAUCGUUAAUCUUUACAAGGUGAGAAAAAUCGAACGUAUCAAACGGUUUGUUUUGUAUGGCUGGUAUUAACCGUAGAGGACUUGUAAACACUAGGACUUAAAUGUGCUGAGGGGAGCUCUUCGAACGCAGAGGAUUUGCUCUUAAAGCAAAAGUUUGACACUUGGGGAAAGGACUCAUUCUUUUUUCUUUCUUUUUUUUUUUUUUUUUGCCAAUAGUUGUAUAAAAAGAUGGAUACCAGUCUCGUAUAUGAUGACUAAAUGUCAAAUGAGUCUAGUAUAGCACAAAGACUGAAAGGAGUUAGAAACGGCUUUGUUUCAUGUCCUUUAUCGACACAAUCAAAAUGUCUCCAAUUAACAACUUUCUGUCUGAUGUAUUUUAGUUUGGGGGGGGGGUCUGUGCAGGGCAGAGCACGGCUAACUGUUGCCUUUUGUUUCCAGUCUUUAUACUAUACCAAGCUAUGCUGCUCAGCGGCUAGCUGUAGCCUCAAAUCCACCGUGCUAUCAUGAGCUAGACUUAUCAAAACGUAUCAUCAAACUCAAACUUCAAGAAAUCAACAUCCACAUUUUCUCCAAAUGUCAGGCCUGAAUACGGGCAAAUACAGCAUCGUAUCGGCUUCCCUCCGGCCAGCGGGCUUUUCCUGUGUGCUCUCUGUGGCUUGCUGCGCAUUAUUUUGUGAGAAAGUGAGGGAUCAUUACCCACUGUCAAAAAAUAUCACAAGAAAGGAAACUGUCCUCGUGUUCUAUAUUUAGUGCUCUACAUUUAUUUUUGAUUUAUUUCUUCUUUGUUUUUAGAUGCCCGAGGAGGGCAUACUAAUGAAAUGCUUGCCUUUAUUCACAGAGAGACUUCACAUUUGCCUUUCUAGAGACAUGGAUGUCUUCAUCGUGACUUUUAAACAGAUGGUACUUGUAAAGCAGGCGUGGGAUACAUAAACAUGUCAGAGUAAGAUGUUUUCUUCCCCUUUUUUUUUUUUUAUAUCCUGACUUUAUCCCAAAUGUGAAAAUGGAACAGAUCAAAAAGGUUCUAUUGAUUUGGCAGAAUUUUAUUUUCAUUUUUUUUCUUUGGCUGCUAAGAUGCUUUUUGUUAAAGUUCAGUCGCAGUGUCCACAGCUGGUGAAUACCUCUUUGCUGAUCUUUAGUUUCCAACUGGUUCUCUCGCAGUGGGCCCUUGUUUAAGGGACGGGGCAUCCCGUCUUCUUGUAGUUAUGUACAUACAGUAUGUUGAGCUGCAAGGCUGUAGUGUAAGACUGGUUGUUACAUAAUUGCUGCGUUUCUUAAUGUGUCGUCUUCCUUUGAGCAGUCUUUUGGAAGGAAAAUGAAUUUAUAAUAGUAAAAGUUCUCCCCCAUCCCCCCUUUGGUUUUCCGAUCGAAGGGAGAUUUUUUUUUUUUUUUCCUCCGUACUUGAGAUUAAGUCCUCACUCCAGUAGUUGUAUUAGUUAAAGUUGUGAAGAGAAGAGCGUUUGUUUGUGUACGGUCUUCUGUGCUGUUAUGAUGCAUAAAUAAGUUUUUCACUGAAAGGUUAAGUACAAUAUUUUAUGAAAGCCGCUUGUUUCCUAUAGUUUGAAAACACUCCUGAUGCAGCACACCGUGAGCCUACAAAGAGCCAAUCGGACCACAAAACUUCCUUUUAGCAACAAAAUGGUGAAAUUUAUGCCUCCAUCAGAAGCGUUUUCAAAAAGCUUUUGGUUUAUCGGGAGCAAAGACCUUAACGAUAAAGACUGGUUGCUUUUAUGAAUCUACACCUCGUUAACCACAUCCACUGAAGGAACGACUGUUUCCUUUCCUUAUGACACCUACCGGCCUGUUGAGCUUAACGAUGGCUGGUAGGUGGAUUCUGUUAUGGUUUUUCAUAAAAGUUAAGCAGUUUUUUUUUUUUUUAAAUGGUGUAUUUCCCAAAAUGUCAAACUUAUCUUAAUGCUUUCAGAGGCGGUGAAGACUUUAUUGAUGGGGGGGGCGCUUCAGUUUGAAUUAAAAGCUGUACAACGGAUAAACAAAUCUGCUUCUACUGCACAUAUCUCCAGUGUGCUCAACGUAGUCUGCCUCUUUAUCUUCUCUUUCUUAACAUUCUAGUAAUAUUAGUUUUCCACCAAAGAUCAUUUUGUCCUGUUUUGGAGGUGCUGCGCCCCCUCCCCCGUCAGCCUGUAAAGAAAUCCAAAAGGGAUUAAUCCAAACUGUUGCAUUACCUUCUUCUACUUGAGCCCACCUUUAUGUCCUGAUUCCUUACUGUAUAUACAUUUAUGUAGCUAUAUAAUUUAGUGCUCACAUGGGGCAUUUUGUAUGUGAUAUUCAUAUUAGGCAUAAUGGAGGUUAAACCAUCUAGUUCAUUCCUUCUUCCAGUAGACUGUGCGCUCCUUCUCAAGACAACUUUUUUUUUGUUGAGACAACUGUAAACUGAAGUGCCUUUUCUUGUCUCCCACCAAUUUAUUGACAUCCCUUCCACCAGAGUAUGGACCAAAGACAUCGACUGUCCCCGACACCCCUGUCCUCUUUUGCCCCACUCACUGAAUUGCACACUUUUCAUUUACUACGAAUAAACAGUUUGCAAUACUGAA